AUGGAGAAAUUGUUUAGCACUUCUGACAUAAUUGUCCAGACCGUAAAUUUGUCUCAGGCAAAAUUCCUCAUACUCUCAAACGACGAGGGCAGCGAAAUGUGGGAGAUCUUCAAACGCGCGGCGAAGUUGGAUCCGGCGAACAGGUACAUCGCCAGUGUCCGGAUGCGGAGCAUGCCGAGCUUGACGACGCUGUUGUUGACCAACAGACACGCAGCAUAUGACGUCACGUUCCUGGACAGACUCGCCAACUACCCUAUGGAAUACCAAGACCGAUCUGUGGGACCGGCAGACGGGGCGGUGGUCGGCACCUCCAUGCACCCCGACACCGUGGCGCGCCCCAAGCUGUGUGAGGUGUCCCACGGCGCCCUUACAGCCCAGGCUCGCGCCCUGGAUAAACCUGUGCCGUGUGGCGAGAAAGACUACAACCCGUUCCCGUGGUACAUCGCUGGGUCGUUUCCCUUUGACAACCUGGUUGGCACCACGAGAAUAUUGCCAGACAUGUGGGUGCCAUUGGACAUGGAACUCUAUGAGUUUAACAUGAAGGUCAAGGACGCUGAGAGGUUGACCCACGCGCUGGCCACGGUGGCCGAGAUGAGUCACGUGGUCGAGACAAGAAAAAGCGCGACCGGCAAAUACGUGGACACGGCUUGCACGGGUGGUCAGCCAAUCACAAGGGCUGUUUACGACAGGAUCCGAGCCUUCAGUUCUAAGCUCUACAUCAUGUACUUUGGCUCCGAACCUUUGUGUGUGUCUGUCAAUGAAAUAAACGAGGGAGACGAUUUCGCACCAUUUGAUGCGGGAUUUCCCGUAGAAGGUGUUGAGAUCCGCAUCCUGGACGAGGAACUCCGAGAGGUCGGUGCCGGAGUGUCAGGAACCAUAGUCAUCAGGUCACCGACCCUUUUCACGCGCUACGUCGGAGAGCCGGACCGGACGGAUGCCGUCUGGUGGAAGGACGGAUGGUUCAUAUCCGCGGAUGCUGGGUAUUUGAGCCCCGAGGGUCGUGUUUUUGUGUUUGGUCGAAGUGGUGACGUCAUUUCUAGAGGCAUUGUACUAACUUACCCAGCGUGGGUCGAGAAACCAAUCAGCUCUCACCCGGAAGUACUCGAGAUCAUGGCGGUUCCGGUCCCAGACGACAUCAACGUGGAGAACAUCUGCGCAUGCGUGGUCAAAAAACCCGGAAGUGAUCUGACGGAGACGGCCGUGAAGCAGCUGGUCAAGGACAGCAUGACGUCAGAUGGCUCCUAUUACAUCACCGUCGAUCACGUGAUGUUCUUCGAUGAGGUCCUCCCCAAACUGUCCAGGAAAAAACUUGGCCAGUUGGCCGCUGUUCGACUUGGCUUGUUGGCCAUCUGA